AGCAAUUACCUCUAGAACUUAUUCUUGCAGUGUUUACCUUUAUUCCCGCUCGAGAUCUUUGUAGAUAUUUAAGUCUAUCCAAAGCACUUCGAUAUGAAAUUCGAAAAAUAAUAGUUGAACGAAUUCAACGUGAAUUCAGAAGUGGGAGUAAUUAUUUACUGGCUACAAUUGAACCUAUAGAUACUCAUAGUUCUGGACCCACUCAUAUUUUUGAUUUAAUGCUUUGGGAUGUUGAUCUUUUAUCACUUGAUACUAGAUUCAAGACUAAUGAAAAUAGUUCUUCAUCGAUUAAACAUGCAAAGAUUAUAGGCAGAAAAUUACAAGGCACGGAUAGAUGGGAAACAAUUCUUCAUAACUCUCAUAUAAGUAUUGGUUCUACUUGGUUAUCCAUUUUUGACUCUGAUUCUUCUCAAACAAUCAAAAAUGUUUCGUUACAUGUUUUCUCUCCUUUUGACUUAAAGCAUGAAACUACUUACGUUUCUAAAGGUCGUUUAACAUUUGAAAUCAACUUAGAGCCAAAAGCAAAUAUGUGUUGGAACAGUAACAUCGACGACCAUUCAAAAAUUGUUGUUAGUAACAUGAUUAGAGAAUUUGAUGAUUUUCAGAGUUUAAUUGUAAUGUCCCUUGUUGAAGAGGUUAUUGUAAAUGCUGGGGUAUUAUUAACAGCUAUUGAAGAAAAGUGGCAGGAUGAUGUUGAAAGUGUGGUAAUUGAAGAUUCAGAAGAUUAA